GUACAUAUCAUAAUCUUGAGUGAUAGCCUAUAGCUUCCUCACAAACGUCAAAAUGGUUCAGUGGACAGACUUCGAGCGCGCAACAAUCCAGAACAUCUUCGGAAAGAUGGACUACGAGGAUGUUGGCCCUGCGGCUUUUGGCAGGUGUCUGGUCGUCUACCCCUGGACCCAGAGGUAUUUCGGUAACUUCGGAAACCUUUACAAUGCGGCUGCCAUCCAGGCAAACCCCAUGGUCGCAGCUCAUGGAAAGACUGUACUGCGUGGACUAGACAAGGCGGUAAAGAAUAUGGAUGACAUCAAGGCCACCUACGCCGAGCUGAGCGUGCUGCACUCUGAGAAAUUACACGUGGAUCCAGAUAACUUCAGGCUGCUGGCUGACUGCCUGACUAUUGUCGUUGCUUCAAGAAUGGGCUCCGACUUCACAGCUGAUGUACAGGCCGCAUUCCAGAAGUUCCUUGCCGUGGUGGUGAGCUCCCUGGGCAGACAGUACCACUAGAGUGAAAAAAAAGCUGUAUCGAUUCUGAAGGACAAAUAAAGUGCUCAAACAAAAACCUUU